AUGACUAGGCCAUACAUAGCAUAUGCCAUUCAUACACUGAGUCAGUUUAUGCAUUGUCCAAAUAAGUCACACAUGAAAGCAACCUUGAGAGUUGUAAAAUACAUCAAGAAUGCCCUAGGCCUAGAAGUUCUUAUGAGUGCAAAACAGUCAAAUGAAAUCAUAGGUUUCUGUGAUGCUGAUUGGGCAGCUUGUCCCAUGUAUAGGAGAUUAGUCACAAAUUAUGUAAUGAAGCUUGGAGACUCAUUGAUAGCAUGGAAAUCCAAGAAGCAAACAACUAUGUCAAGGAGCUCAGCUGAAGCAGAGUAUAGAAGUAUGGCAUCAGGAGUAUCAGAGAUAUUGUGGUUAGUUGAUUUGUGUAAGGAGUUGAAAGUGAAGGUACAAUUACCAGUUACUUUACACAAUGACAGCAAAUUAGCCAUACAAAUUACUGCAAAUCCCAUAUUCCAUGAGAGAACUAAACACAUAGAGAUUGUUUUGCGUUUCAUCAAGGACAAGAUACAUGAUGGAAUCAUCAAGACUAAAUAUGUGACAUCAAAGGAUCAGGUGGCAAACCUGUUCUCUAAAGAUUUAGGGAAAGGGCAGCAUGACUAUCUUGUAGGCAAGCUAGGGAUGCUUAACUUGUUUGCAUCCACUAGCUUGAGGGGGAGUGUUGAGAAUGAAGAAGGUUGA